UGCCUCUGAGAGGAAACUGAAAGUGAAAUUUGGACUGCAGGCUUGCAAAAGCGAAGCUGGGAGCACAUAACCAAAGCUGAGGACCCUGGUAAGAUUCCACAGCAGAUGUCACCCUCUACAAACUCAAAAAUGUCUCUGGAAAAGAUGUGGGAAGAGGUCACCUGUUGUAUCUGCCUGGAUCCCAUGGUGGAGCCUAUGAGUAUCGAAUGUGGCCAUUGCUUUUGCAAGGAAUGCAUUUCUGAGGUUGGGAAGAACGGGGGCAGUUCAUGUCCCGAGUGCCGGCAACAGUUUCUGCUCAGAAACCUCAGGCCCAAUAGACAUAUAGCCAACAUGGUGGAAAACCUUAAACAGAUAGCCCAGAAUACCAAGAAGGGUACCCAGGAAACGCACUGCAUGGAGCAUGGAGAGAAACUUCACCUAUUCUGUGAGGAAGAUGGGCAGGCCCUUUGCUGGGUGUGCGCCCAGUCUGGGAAACACCGGGACCACACCAGGGUCCCUAUUGAAGAGGCUGCUAAGGUAUACCAGGAGAAGAUCCAUGUGACUUUAGAAAAACUGAGAAAGGGGAAAGAGUUGGCCGAGAAGAUGGAAAUGAAUCUCGCGAUGCAAAGAACAGACUGGAAGAGGAACAUUGACACCCAGAAGUCGAGGAUUCAUGCAGAGUUUGCACUUCAGAAUAGCUUGCUGGCUCAGGAGGAGCAGAGGCAGCUGCAGAGACUGGAGAAGGAUCAAAGGGAGUACCUGAGACUCCUGGGAAAGAAGGAGGCUGAGCUGGCUGAGAAGAACCAGGCCCUGCAGGAGCUGAUCUCAGAGCUGGAGAGGAGGAUUCGUGGUUCAGAGCUGGAGCUACUGCAGGAGGUGAGGAUCAUCCUGGAAAGGAGUGGAUCCUGGAACCUGGACACAUUAGAUAUUGACGCCCCAGACCUAACAAGCCCAUGCCGUGUGCCAGGGCGGAAGAAGAUGCUGAGGACGUGUUGGGUUCAUAUUACUCUGGAUCGCAACACCGCCAACUCAUGGCUCAUCAUCUCAAAGGACCGGAGACAAGUGAGGAUGGGAGACACCCAUCAGAACGUGUCUGACAAUGAGAAGAGGUUUAAUAAUUACCCCAUGGUGCUAGGUGCCCAGAGAUUCUCCUCUGGGAAGAUGUACUGGGAGGUAGAUGUGACUCAAAAGGAGGCCUGGGAUCUGGGGGUUUGCAGAGAUUCUGUUCAGAGGAAAGGGCAGUUUUCACUCAGUCCUGAGAAUGGCUUCUGGACCAUUUGGUUAUGGCAAGACAGCUAUGAGGCUGGUACCAGUCCUCAGACCACCCUCCACAUUCAGGUACCUCCAUGCCAAAUUGGGAUCUUUGUGGACUAUGAGGCUGGCGUUGUCUCCUUCUACAACAUAACUGACCAUGGCUCCCUCAUUUACACCUUCUCGGAGUGUGUUUUUGCUGGACCUCUGCGACCUUUCUUCAAUGUUGGUUUCAAUUAUGAUGGGGGAAAUGCAGCACCUCUAAAGCUCUGUCCACUAAAGAUGUGAUGGUCAGGAGCCAGUGCCUACUGACAGUACUUCCCGGACACUUACCUCCUCCCUGUCCUGAUCAAGAUCCAGGGACUCCUGGGGACCAUUUCUGGAUACUGCUGCUCACUUCCUGUUGGUGUUCUUCAGCCAUGCACUUUGUCAUUUUGACCCAUCUAGUUGGAGCUACCCUAAACCCUCAUCUCUUUAAAAGAGUCAGGGUCCCAGAAUGAAGGCAUCAGCUGGACAUAACUAAAAGUCAAUGUCAGAUGACCUUCACCAUCAAUAUACCUGGCAUAGAUUCCGUAAUGAUUCCUCAAUGAAACAGACUCCUCACAUUGGACCCAAACUCAUCUAGCACAGACAAACACACAUUUCUGCCUUUAUGUGACUUCCUUUGUUUUCUCUGUCCUUGGUUGUUACCUUUGGCUAGAUACCUGUCUACUCCUAUAUCUUUUGUGGCUUGCAGAAGGACUUCCUAGAAAUUGUGCUUGAACAAUCCUGUUCAGUUAUUAUUGGUAAAAAAAUAUAUAUAUUUGUCUUAACAUUAUACAUCUUCUGUUUUGGUUUGUUGUUUUGUUGUUACUGGGGGAUUUUAGGUUUUUAUUGUUCGUUGUUUGUUUGUUUUCCCUCCCGGGAAUGUUCUAUGCACUUCUUCUAUAAACCCAGGUCAAGAAUAUCUUCCAUGGGAACAAACGAAAGCCAGGAUAAAGUAGUGAAAGUGGUUCAGACAAGAGCUGAAUGUUACACUGACAGUAUACUCAGGAUCCCCAGUGAUAGCCGACGUCUGGGUACUGUGCUGGAUCUGGUCAGUGAACCCCUGCUGUUGACUCUCACAAGGCUACAACAGCUGUGCUCAGACACUGCCUGCUGUCAUUUUGUGGAUAUGUUGGUUUCUGGUUCCAUUGCCUUGAAGAAAGUGAAAUUAGUAGCUGAACUAGUAUACAAAUAUUUUGAGAGCUCCAAAAAUACUACCUGGAGAUAUAUGUUACAUAGUUAAUAAACCCCUUAUUCUCCACAGAAUGGAAUUGGGAGGUUUCAUACCAUCUCAGCUUUCCCCCAUAGUCAAUAACAAGUGGUCUGGAUACAAGUCUCUUUGUUACAUAAAAGUUACCUUGAGGAAGAUCUCCAAGUAUUGGUUCCAAUUCUGACUAAUAUGUCUUUUAAGAUCAAAUAAAGCCUGUUGAUUUUC